CUCUAGUUCCUCUUAUUUUUCACAACAGGGAUAAUGUGGAAUGGUCAGAAGAGCAGGAAGCCAGUGCCAGGAGUAAAGUUCAAGAGAACAGCUCACAGCUAUUGCCACCAGAUAAACAAGAGGAAUAUGAGGUGAAUGCCAAGAGGUACUGGGAUGACUUCUAUAAAAUCCAUGAAAAUGGUUUCUUCAAGGACAGGCAUUGGCUGUUCACUGAAUUCCCUGAGCUGGCUCCUCACAGGAACUCGAGGCAAAAUGGGGAUUCUCUGCAUGAGAACAAAGAAGAAUGCAAGCAGGAAGGGCUGGGAAGCUGUGAAAAUGGACAUUGCUCCGUGGAAACCAGGGCAGAGAGCCAGGAGGGAGAUUUCCCAGGAGCAGCUGCAUCCUACCGUGUGUUGGAGGUUGGCUGUGGUGCUGGGAAUACUGUCUUCCCAAUCCUACAAACCAACAAUGACCCAGGUCUGUUUGUUUACUGCUGUGAUUUCUCCACAGCAGCUGUGGAUCUUGUCCAGAGCAAUGCAGAAUACGAUUCCUCUCGCUGCUUUGCCUUCGUCCACGACCUGUGCAAUGACCAAAGUCCUUUCCCAAUGCCAGAGGAGAGUCUUGAUGUUGUUGUUCUUAUCUUUGUCCUCUCAGCCAUUCUCCCAGACAAGAUGCAGUGUGCUGUGAGCAGACUGAGUCGCCUGCUGAAGCCAGGGGGAGUGAUGCUCCUACGAGACUACGGCAGAUAUGACCUGGCACAGCUUCGCUUCAAGAGAGGCCAAUGUCUGUCUGAUAACUUCUAUGUGAGAGGUGAUGGCACCAGAGUCUACUUCUUCACACAAGAUGAACUGGAUCAUCUCUUCACCACAGCUGGGCUGGAGAAGAUCCAGAACCUGGUUGACCGUCGCCUGCAGGUGAACCGCGGGAAGCAGGUGACGAUGUAUCGGGUGUGGAUCCAGUGCAAGUACCGCAGACCUCUCACCCCUCAGCACUGA